CGGGCGCGCGCCGCUCCCCGGGUUCCGUGCGGGUUGGGGGCGCGCGUGAACGGCAGGGAGCGCGCGAGUCGGGGACGCGCGGGGCGAGAAGGUGCCCCGGCGCUGCGUGGAGCGCAACACGGUAGUGAGACGCGGAAGUGAGUGGGACCUGUUGCCCGAUGCUGCGAGCCUUCGGAAAGAGUGAGUGAAGGUCGCAGAGCAGAGGAGAGGGAGCCGGCUGGCUACAGGUUUGUGAGAGAAAAAACAUCAUGAAGAAGAAAUGUUCUAAGAUAUCUGAUGAGGAUGGCAGUCUUUGCUGUUGUGAGUACAUUAACCGCCAUGGAGAGAAAACUCACAUACUGGCCAGUUGCUGUGACUGUGAGGAUCUGGAUGAGGCCUGUGACAGGUGUUUGAAAGGUAAAUCCAUCAGUUCACAGAAUAUCGAACGAGUAUCAGACACAAUUUCCGAUCGUCUGCGGAUCCCGUGGUUGUUGGGCACUGGUGCCAAGAAGAUUGAUGUCACAAUUCUACCGCCUCUUGUUUUCCUCCCGAUCUUCCUUCAUAUUGCAGCCCUUCACUUCUUCUUGGCACUUAUCAUUUUGACAUCCUUGCCGAUAUUGGUGCUCUGGUACUAUUACGUCACUCACCAGAAGAAAGGGCACACGCUAUUUUUUCUAAGUCUAGGUCUCUUUUCCCUGGGUUACAUGUACUAUCUAUUUCUGACUGAAAUAAUGUCUAGAGGAACCAUAAGCUUUGUGCACUUAACUGUGCUCACAAGUGGUUUGGUCCUGACACUAAUGAGUUUAGCACAAACGAAGAAGGACCCAGGCUACCUCAGAACAGACAAUGGAAGUUCUCCAAUCAAAGGUGCUCAGAGAAGUAGCAUUUCAUUGCACAAUGUGAAUGGCACACGCGAAAUUCAGCCUGUAGGCUGGGAUGCAUCCUCAAAGUUGAAUCAUUGUGGUCAUAAUGGCAAGCUGCAAAUGGGUCAAAAUGAAUUCAAAAAGAACUGGUGUACAGUAUGCAAGAUUUUAAGACCACCUCGUUCAGGGCAUUGCCGAAUAUGUGCAUCUUGUGUACAAAGGCUGGACCAUCACUGUGUUUGGAUUAACAGUUGUGUAGGUCAAGGCAAUCACCGUGCAUUUAUUCUGACCCUAUUUCUUUUCCUCCUCACCUCCCUGUAUGGAAUUAGUCUGACACUGAGCACUAUAUGCAGGGGACAAAGCAUUUUCACAGCUUUAUUCUAUUGUCCUGGAGUCUACAAAGAACACAGUACUGCACUGGCAUUCACCUGUGUCUGGUACUGCACAAUAGUCACUGCAGGAAUGGGUUAUCUCUUCCUCAUCCAACUCAUCAACAUCAGUUACAACAUCACAGAGCGAGAAACACGCUUUGCUUUGAGAGACAAAACUGGAGACAAAUAUCUCUGUGGGCUAAUCAUAAAAACUGAUGAAUACAACCGAGGGCUCAUUAACAACUGGAAAGAAUUCCUUCAACUUCAAUCUAAUCCUCCAGAGCCAGGAUUUGAAGAUUUAGUGUAAUGUUUCUAUAUUAUUUGAAUUGAGUUGUUGAGUCGUAGGUCCACAUUUAUGACCCAAUAUGUGUCUGAUUCUUUUUUUAAUCUACCUGAAUGAAAUGGUAGUCUUUGAAAUAAAUCAAUGGCAAAUGAGUAGAAAAUAAUGUCUCAAUUCUCUGCACACUGAGUUUUGAACAUUUUGCUUAGUGCAUUUCUAUGAGGAGGAAUUUGGUUUCAAUGUUUAGGGUAUUGUUUAUCCACAAAUCCAAUUUUUUUGUAACAAUAAUAUCCCAGUUGAUGCAUCUUUUACUGCCUAUGUAACAAGCUAUUUUUACUUUAACCAGAGUAGGUGACUUGUUUGGGGGAACCCAGCAAGAAUUUUCAGAAAUAUCUAGUUGCUGGUAAGACUUUAGGAUGAUGUGUGGGAUAAGGAAAAUGAUUGUAAGUAUUAUGAUUAAGGAUAAAAUAUGGGGAUGAGUAAAGGAUAAAAUAUGCUAUUGGUGAAAAUAAAUAUGGGUUUUUGAAAUUUAUUCCCAGAAUGUGAACAUGGCUGGCAAGGCAAGCAUUUGUCACCCAUCCCUAACUACCCUAGAUUGUGGAGAAAGUUCAGAGUCAAUCACAUUGGUGGGUCUCGAAUGAUGUGUAGGCCAAACUGGAGAAGGGAGGCAGGUUUUCUUCCAUGAAGGACAUUAGUGAACCAAAUAGGUUUUAUGACAAUCUGGUAGUUUCAUGGUAACUGUAACUAUUGUUUAAUUAAUCAUUUUAAUUUCCCAACCACCAUGGUAGGAUUCCAUUAUGUCUCCCUGGAGGAGCGGUCAAGAAUUCUGGCUGGCAAUCCAGUAACUUAUCCGCAGCACCAUCUUUUGUAACUUAGCAUUUGACUUCCCCUGAUGUACCCUUAAUGAGUAUGUUGUAAGGUGGUGCCUUGUUUACCUACUGUGUUGAACUAGUUGGUGGGCUUGAUUUUGCAGCAACUGAGCUGCUUACUUUGUAAGGCCUGCUUCAUUUUCAGAAGCUGUGCAAUAACUGUGUUGACUGAAGGUUUUUACAUGAUGUUAUUUUUUAAGUUACACAGGAUUCGAAUAUUGAAUCUUAGUUUUCUAUGAUUUCAUUUUGUGGGAUUAGUUAAAUGAACAUAACAAGGCAUGUGCUGAAAAUCUGAAAUAAAAACAGAACGUCUGGUGAAAGUGAAAGAUAAUGUGAAGUCAAUGAGAGUUUGAUGAAAAGUUAUCAACCUGAAGUAGUUAACUCUGCUUCUCUCUUGAUGGAUGCUGCCUGACCAGCUGAAUGUUUCCAGCAUUUUGUAUUAGGUAUUAUACCAUCAAUACUGAAUUUGUACCAAUAUUUGCAUAAAAGCAUAGGAUAAUUUAUAGAUUUUUAAAGUCAAAGGAAAGAAUAGCCAUUGUUUACAGUUAAGUAGUUUGUAGCAUUUUUAUCAUGAGUGUAUUUGUGUACAUAUUUUAAAUCAGUUAUAUUCACAAAACACUGAAUAUUAAAGUAUUUGAGACUUAAUAUUGAGGCAUAUAGUCACACUUUUAAAUUCUAGUUUCACUAAUUUUUGUUGCUAGCUCUGAAAAAAAUUGUAACUUUCAGAAACUGUUAUAAAUAGCUUAAAGAGAACACUUUAAAAUGUUCACUUUUAAAAGGGAGAACACAAUGUGUUUGUUGUGCAGUUAUAUUGUAGAAGUAGCUUGAGGUUUUCCAUUGCAACUCUGUAUGUGGGUGUGAUCCAGUUGUGGUUACUGAUCAAAUGUGGGUUAAAAUUCCAUUAAUAUAGGCCUUUAAUACUUGCAAAAUCUUAAACCAAAGUGAUAAUUUAAAUACUGCAAAGGUUUAAAAAAAAUCCAAAUUUAGUUUGUGAAUAAGUAAUAGUUAUUCCAAGCUUUUCUGAUUUUCUAAAUGUUAAUUACCAUUUAUCUUAUAUACUUGGUUCACCUUCCUUUUGUGCAUUGUGUUGAUAUCAGUGAAACAAGCUAUUCUGAUGUUAAAGCACAGGACUAAAGCCAGAAAAAGACUUUGCCAAAAUAAAAUGCACUAAAGUGCUAAAAUUAUCAAUGCAAUUUCUUCCUCUUCUUUUCCCCCCCCAAGGUUUGCAAUGCUUUCUAAUAUACCAUAAAUCUCUGAAAUGAGAAUUAGUCCACAUGACGGGAAGAUGGUAUUGCAGUGGCACAAUUACUGUCAAUUUUUUGUGAGCAGUGGUUAUUUCUCAGGUGAAAAUAUUUGACGUAUAUUAUUUACAGUAUAUUGCUUUAAAUGCCAAGUUGUGGCCUUGCCAGAAAGAUGUUAAAGCUGUUAGUGCAGUUAUAUCUUUUUCUGUAUUUAUUUGUUGAGGAUGCUUUACCUAAAAUAUGAUAACUCAUUUUCUUUGUAGUUGUCCUGCUAUAAUAGUUUAACUGGAUAAAAUUCAUAAGUUUUUUUUCAUAAUUAGUUUUAAUAAGUUGCCACAUAGUUUUUUAACUCAUUUUUUGCUAAAAGUUAGACAUUUCCAAACAUAAAACUAGACUGCGUUAGUCUGGUGUGUCAUAUACCUUGUAUUCAGUUUCAACUUGUGUUAUAGAUUUUUCUCACUUAGUAACUGGAGAUCUCUAAUACAACUCUCCACAUCUAUAUUGUGUGGAGCUCUUUAAAUAAUUAUUUAAGAAGAAAUAUAUUGUGCAUUGACAUUUGUUAGGCUUUAUUUACUUUGGUUAAAAUAUUUUUCACUGUGGCUCAUCUAGCAAAGAUGAUAAAGUGAGUGUGCAGGUGCUAUCCCUGGCCUGCUGUAAAUUUGGUGAGUUGAGGUUGCCACUGUUCACCUUAGCAUCUGUGAUCCAGAGGGAGAAAUCAGCCAAAAUUUCUCUUCCUGAUCUCAACCAACCCUUUGCAAGAACUGUACAUGUUGGAACCUGCAGGUGACUGGGCUUGUGAUGAAUGACCAUUUGGGUGAGGUCACUGAGGUCCAACUGUGGUCUGUGGAAGUGAGGAAUCCCAUGAGGGAUGGAAGAGAAAGGAAGAAAAAAUAUUGAAGAUAUUGAAUAUCUGCUGUAAAAAAAAAUCUUGAAACAUUUAUCUUCAAAAUUUCAAGGCAAUGAAAAUCUUUAUUUUACUUCAAUGGUAACUAUGUUAGACAAGUAUCCUAGCAUGAGAGAAUUCCUGUACAUAUAAAACAAAAUGUUGACAGUGGACUUAGAUGGUAUUUAUUGAUGUGUUUAAGUCAUUGUAUGAGAAUAUAAUUGUCUUGAGAUUCUUAGAAAUUUGUAGUGCUUUCAACAGAAUUAACAAAGGGCUAUGUAAUCAAAUUUGCACUGUGAUAUGCAUGUGUGUAUAUUUUGUGAAGAAUUUUGAAUUUAUUUCUAGUAUAUCAACAUAUUGUGCAAAAUAACUGUUACAGAUGUGAUAAUUUUAAAUGUUCAGAAUAGAAGAGCAGACUUUAAUGUUUGCUAGUUUGUUAAAUUCAAGUAUUUAUAGUUAAUAAGCAGUGUAACAUUGUUUCUUGCCCCUUGCAUUGCAUUUUAAUGCAGUAUGGACCAUCUUUGCAACCUCAAAUACGUUCAUGAAUCAAAAAUUUACUCCCAUAAACUGUUCUCUAGACUUAAAUUAAAUGAAUUUUACUCCCCCACCCCCUCCCACCACUGAAAUAAAUAGAUUCAUUAAAAACGACAGUGGGUUGAGCCUACAGAAUUCUCCUCUCAAAAGGAGAGUUAAAUGUCAGUUCAUAAAACCCCAUGCAAAAAAUAGUCAUGAUUUUAAAAGUAAGUUUAAAAAAAACCUAUUUGUAUCAUCUUAGUGGAUUUUGUUGUAAUUAGCAUAUGAAAAUAACUUGUGUUGCAAAUUUGUGGUAACCAUUACAGAUGCCAAAUCAGAGAACUAUGACUAAUUUGAUAAUAUCUAUUGGCAAGCUGCUUGGUAUCUUGAUGAAGGUUAGCAUAAAUGGUUGUAAUUUUUAUUUAUUUAUAGAUAUAGGAGAUUUAAUGUGCUUCUAAUCAUUAGUAUUUGCAAAUUUCAUGGCAUUUCAUUGAAGCGCUAAUUUAAGAUUGUGAAUUGCUUAAUACUGAAGGCUCAAAAGUGCAUUUAUUUUACUCUGAGACAUAACCAAUUUGUGGUAUGUAUUAUUCUGUUAUAAUAUGUUCCAUCAAAGCUGUAUACCCAAUAUCCUUCAACUUGGAGAAGCCUAGUUAAAGUAUAUUUUACCAACUCUAAAGCUAUUUUCAAGUUUUCCUGCUUUUGCAAGGAGGCUUGACAUAUUGCUUCCCAAUCCAUCCAUUCAAUAACCAAUAGGCAAAAUAAUCAAGUUUGUGUAAAUAGUGGUACAGAAGCAAUGAUUUGAGCAUUUUUGGCUAAAGAGUUACACAAUUUAAAAAAAAAACUUUAAGAAUAGUUUACAAAUCAUGUUUGCUUUUUCUAAAGUUUUGAUUACAGAUGUUAACAUGAGUUUCUGAUGCUCUUUAUAACAAAGUAGUUGGCUGAUGGUGUUUAUAAAAAUAUUAGGAUAGUUUUAAUUAGACUGUGAAUCCCUUUAAGGGAGAAUAAGUAACCAAUGAUUGGCUUCUCACAUUAUGGAAAGGGUUGGUGUAUAACAUUUUAAAAGAAAGUAAGUAAAUUGUCUUUGAAUACCAAUUACAUAUUGUUCUUUUACAUGCUUAAAAAUACUUAUUUCUUAAACAGUGAAUAUUUGUAGCCUUGUGAAAUGAGAUGCCAUGAGAAGUGCUUCAAGGAUGUGUGUAGUGGAGAAGGGAAUACUGUGUCAUAUACAUAUAGAACUGCUGUUGAAGUUAUGGUAUCUUAGGUACAAUCAUGAAUGUAUUCAGAAAUAACAGUAUGGACAAGCUGAAUGAUUCCAGUUUAGUUUGUGGGUGUGUGUUUAAUUUCAUAUAGCCAAAGAUCAAAAUGCAAAAGUUGUUUCUCAAGAAUUUAAUUGUCCUUAAGCUAAAAUGUUUAA